CACAGGAAUGGGCUAAAAAAAACAGUAUCACGAGGAGAAUGUCAAAUUUUUUUCGCGAAGAAAUGUUCAAUUUAUUUUGAAGAGGAUGAUUUGUAGUAUCCAAUGCGACACUGAGGCAUUGAAAAGGGCAACACGUAGCUAAAUGGAGUCGGAGCAGCUCUUCAGCAGCAGCGCCCCCUACAGGAACAGCUACAACAGCAUCACCAGCGCCAGCAGCGACGAGGAGCUGCUCGAUGGCGCCGGCGUCGUCAUGGACUUCCACACCACCGAGGACGACAACCUGUUAGACGGGGACGCCUCCCCAGGGUCUAACUACGUCAUGUCCAAUGGGGGCAACGCGGCCAGCAGCUCCACCCACCUGCUGGACCUGCUGGACGAGCCCAUCCCUGGGGUGGGCACCUACGAUGACUUCCACACCAUCGAUUGGGUGCGGGAGAAAUGCAAGGACCGGGAGCGCCACCGCAAGAUAAACAGUAAGAAGAAGGAGUCAGCGUGGGAGUUCACGAAGAGUCUGUACGAUGCCUGGUCUGGCUGGCUGGUGGUGACACUUACUGGGCUUGCAUCAGGUGCCCUUGCGGGUCUGAUCGACAUCGCAGCCGACUGGAUGAACGACCUGAAAGAGGGCGUGUGUCUCAGUGCCAUGUGGUUUAACCACGAGCAGUGCUGUUGGGGGUCCAAUGAGACCACCUUUGCCGAGCGGGACAAGUGUCCGCAGUGGAAGACCUGGGCAGAGCUCAUUCUUGGACAGGCUGAGGGUCCUGGCUCCUACAUAAUGAACUACUUCAUGUACACCUACUGGGCCCUGGCCUUCGCCUUCCUUGCCGUGUGUCUGGUCAAGGUGUUCGCGCCCUACGCCUGCGGCUCCGGGAUUCCAGAGAUAAAGACCAUCCUGAGCGGCUUCAUCAUCCGCGGCUACCUGGGCAAGUGGACCCUGAUGAUAAAGACCAUCACGCUGGUGCUGGCGGUGGCGUCUGGCCUCAGCCUGGGCAAGGAGGGUCCGCUGGUGCAUGUGGCUUGCUGCUGUGGCAACAUCUUCUCCUACCUCUUCCCCAAGUACAGCAAGAACGAGGCCAAGAAGAGAGAGGUGCUGUCUGCAGCAUCAGCGGCCGGAGUGUCUGUGGCUUUCGGUGCUCCUAUCGGAGGAGUGCUCUUUAGCCUGGAAGAGGUGAGCUACUACUUCCCCCUGAAGACGCUGUGGCGGUCCUUCUUCGCCGCCCUGGUGGCCGCCUUCGUGCUGCGUUCCAUCAACCCAUUUGGCAACAGCCGGCUGGUGCUGUUCUACGUGGAGUACCACACCCCCUGGUACCUGUUCGAGCUCUUCCCCUUCAUCCUGCUGGGCGUUUUCGGGGGCCUAUGGGGCGCCUUCUUCAUCCGGGCCAACAUCGCCUGGUGCCGACGCCGCAAGUCCACGCGCUUCGGGAAGUACCCAGUGCUGGAGGUGAUCGCCGUGGCCGCCAUCACCGCCAUCGUGGCCUUCCCCAACCCCUACACGCGGCAGAACACCAGCGAGCUGAUCAAGGAGCUGUUCACCGACUGCGGCCCGCUGGAGUCCUCCCAGCUCUGCCAGUACCGCAACCAGAUGAACGGCAGCACGGCCUUCUCGGACACGCCCGAGCGGCCUGCUGGGCCCGGCGUCUACUCCGCCAUGUGGCAGCUCUGCCUGGCACUCAUCUUCAAGAUCAUCAUGACCAUCUUUACCUUUGGGCUCAAGGUCCCGUCGGGCCUGUUCAUCCCCAGCAUGGCCAUCGGGGCCAUCGCCGGCCGCAUCGUGGGCAUCGCCGUGGAGCAGCUGGCCUACUACCACCACGACUGGUUCCUGUUUAAGGAGUGGUGCGAGGUGGGGGCGGACUGCAUCACGCCCGGCCUGUACGCCAUGGUGGGAGCCGCUGCCUGUCUGGGCGGGGUGACGCGGAUGACCGUGUCGCUGGUGGUGAUCGUGUUCGAGCUGACGGGCGGGCUGGAGUACAUCGUCCCGCUGAUGGCCGCCGUCAUGACCAGCAAGUGGGUGGGCGACGCCUUUGGCCGCGAGGGCAUCUACGAGGCGCACAUCCGCCUCAACGGCUACCCGUUCCUGGAUGCCAAGGAGGAGUUCACGCACACCACGCUGGCGUCAGAGGUGAUGCGGCCGCGGCAGAACGACCCGCCGCUGGCUGUGCUCACCCAGGACGACCUGACGGUGGAGGACCUGCAGAACAUCAUCAACGAGACCAGCUACAACGGCUUCCCUGUCAUCGUCUCCAAGGAGUCGCAGCGGCUGGUGGGCUUCGCACUGCGCAGGGACAUCACCAUCGCCAUCGAGAACGCGAGGCGUAAGCAGGAGGGCAUCAUGCGGAACUCCCGGGUCUACUUCACCCAGCACGCACCCACCCUCCCGGCGGACAGCCCCCGGCCCCUCAAACUGCGCAGCAUUCUGGACAUGAGCCCCUUCACCGUCACCGACCACACCCCCAUGGAGAUCGUGGUGGACAUCUUCCGCAAGCUGGGCCUACGCCAGUGCCUGGUCACUCACAACGGGAUUGUGUUGGGAAUCAUCACUAAGAAGAAUAUAUUAGAGCACCUGGAGGAGUUAAAGCAGCACGUGGAGCCCCUGGCGCCUCCUUGGUAUUAUCACAAAAAAAGAUAUCCUCCGACACAUGGCCCAGAUGGCAAACCUCGAUCCCGAGUCAAUAAUGUUCAACUGAUCCCCGCCUUCCAGGAGGGCGAGGAGGAGAGCGAGGAGGAAGUCCACCUGCUGAACGCCGCGGCUCUCUGACCCAGGACCUGUCCCCCCCGUCCCCCCACCCCCCGUCACCCCCGACACUACAACAGACACACCUGUAGAAACCCGUUAGCCAGACCCAGGAAAGAGACUGCGGAGCCUCUGAUGUCAAGGUUCACUGAGGUUUGGGAUGGACAAGAGGAGGGAUACACUUACACCCCCGCCCCACCCCCACCCGCCCCACACUCUCCCCCCCCACCGCCUUCAAUCCUCGACCUUGAACUGAGUGGAGGGAAAUGUGAGAAAACCUGCCGGAAAUAGCAGGGAAGUGGGGUGCAAGGCCGAGCUGCUCAGAGGUGGGACCUUGAACCACCUUUAGUGAAGACUGCAAGGUGCUGUCCCCUUCCGCUGCUGACCCCCCCCUCCCCCCUUCAUCCCCCCCUUCUUC